AUGGAGCCCUCGCAAGAACAAAUCCUACCCCGGGAAGAUGACGGCGCUCUGUCAGCUGUUUUCGACAACAAAAACCCUCCGCGUCUUGGGACAGACGUAGGCAUCCGUCUUCCGCUAAGUGCAAUGGCUGCAUUUGCUUCUGGGAUGGCUUUGGGAGCUUCUCACGGGAGCACAAAGGCCGCAUUUCGAUUUCGUGCGGAAAAUGCCCACCGAUUUCCUACCAGCUCUAGCGGAUGGUACCAGUACCACAAAAGCAAGAACUAUACAUCCAUGAUUGGAGGCUUGAAGGAGGGCACAAAGCUGGGAUUGAGGGUUGGAAUUGGUGCCGUGGCAUUCUGCAUAUUCGAAGAAACUGUUGAUCAUGCCCGUGGAAACCGUGAUUUUCUAUCCACAGUCACUGCCGGACUGUCCUUCUCUGGGGUUUACAGCUUGCUUGCCCGUCACGACAUUUAUACCGCAGCUCGAACGGCGAAGGUAGGACUCAAGCUCAGUCUGGCUUAUGGUCUACUCCAGGAUGUGUUCGCGUCAUUCCGAGGAUACCGACCGCAGUAUAUUCAAUUUGCAUUCAAUAUGUUCGGCAGGUCGAGCUCUUCUUAA